AUGAAAGAUAUAUACUUUGGGUGCAGCAAGCAGAUCAGCAGGCUCGGUUACUUACGUAGAAAUGUCGAACAUAUGAGGAAGCUCCAACAAACCCUUCCACAAUCGAAGUUGAUUGUCUUCAACAAUAGGGACAACCAAAGCAAGAGACGGGAGGUUUUGAUCAACUCCAUUGCUAACCAAAAAAAACUUUCAUAUUUAGAUGUGCAUUCCCAUGAAAUCUUCCAAGAUAUAUUGCACAAAUGGCUACAAUUCAACAUUGAUAUCGAAAGCCAUGUCGUCGAGAAAACCGUUAUUCCGUGGUCCCAAAUAGACGAAGAAUUGAAAGCAGUUUCUAUAUUUUGGCUAGGCCAGGAUGACUCUGGCAUAACAACAUCGGAAAAUGUUGGAACUUCUGUUUUCUCCAUUGAUAUAUCCAAUUCUGAUUUGUUAUAUAAUUACAUAACUGAACAUGUCAAAACAGCAGGACAUUCAUUCACAAAUGGCAUGCCUUCGGUUUUACAGCUGUCCAAUGAAGAUGCAAGUGCAUACUCUUAUUCGAAGAUGUUUAUUGACUUUAUUUCAAAAAACAGGUACUGUCCUGCAUGUGGUGGGCAUAUAGUAGCUGUCAACUUAGGCUCAAGAUUAUAUUGCUUGAACGAUUCGCCAUGGGACGAUCCAGCUAGAUGUGAAGCCAACCUAACUUCCAAUAAUUUACAAUUUCCACGUACUGAUUUGGUGGUUAUUAUUGCAUUGUAUGAUUCGUCUGGCAGAAUAUUAUUAGGAAACAACAAAAGACAUCCUGGUAAAAUUGUAGAAAAAAAUGACGAAACAUCAGGUAAGUUGGUAAAAUGGACAAGCAAGAUGUACUCUUGCUUUGCUGGGUUUAUGGAACCUGGUGAAACUAUCGAGCAGGCAUGCGUGAGAGAGGUCUAUGAAGAGACCGGUUUGGAACUCCAGCCUCAAGAUGUCAAAAUAAUCGAAAGUCAACCAUGGCCAUUCCCUGCUAAUAUAAUGAUUGGCUGUAUGGCUAUCUUACGUGAAGAGCAAACAGAUGAUAGGAAAAUCAAUGUGCAUUUGGAUGAUGAAUUGGAACACGUUUCUUGGUUUGAUUCUGAAAAUGUCUCUAAAGUUAUCAAGGGCGCCGAUAUUGGGAUUUUAUCCAAAUCCGAUACAGAGGUGGAAGAGUGGUUUUUACCAUCUCCUGAAAGUGUGGCUGGAAGACUAAUUGGACGUGCAGUGGAUGCAUGUUCCGAUCUCAGGGGAAAGUUUUAA